GAUAAGUGAUAAGCGAUAAGCGGUGAGGGAUAAGCGUGAGAAGGAUAAGCGCGGGCCGGUGGAAGCGCGAAGCCGAAGCGUGGAAAAGGAUCGGCGGUGUUGUCUGGCGGUGUGUUGUGUCGAGCUUGAGCCGCAGCCCGAGCGGCGCUCCGUAGCUGUUGGAGGCCAGCGCAGCGCCGCCGCCUAGCGACUCCGCGCCGCAGCCAGUCAGUCGGUGCAUUCAGCUCCUCCGUGCCGGACCUGCUCUUGGUUACCACAUACAUCGUGCUGUGACGAAAUUCCCGCACCACCCCCCGAAAGGAUUGUGCCCUGUUUACAAACCUCUCAUCCCUCGCUCGCCCUCGACCCCCGUUUUCCCGCCGGUUUGUGUUCUACUCUCGAAACUACCCUCGCCGCCCAUGUGUUUGUGUUCCUCGCACGGAUGAUAACACGAAAACCAGGAUUAAGUUUGGAGUGUCAGUGUGUGUGCGCGAUUACCGUCCCCGGUGCGAAACGCAACAUGAUUACGUUCAUUUUGAACGGGUGAUUUUUUCUACGGGUUGUUUCUUGUUUUUGUUUAUUUUAUUUUAUUUUUUUUUUUGUUUUGGUUCCGCCGAAAUUCUCGCAACUGUUCUCCCUCGCGUUGAUACCUGAAAAGUUACCACUUGCCCCGCUUAGCACAAAUUUAAGUUUUAAGCAAAAUGAGAAUUCGGUAGCCGGUUCGGUCUGUUGUCUUUGAUUGGUUCGUCGAGUUGGUCCGUGUAUCGGCCGGCAAGUUCACACGCCAGGAUUUACUGUGAUACUGUGCUCCGGAUUAUUGUGUUCUAAAUGGGAUAAAUGGGGUGGGGCUAAAGCUCGGAGAUAGCGGAAUUAGUGCGCGUAGCAUGAUCUUAGAUAUGGAACAACACCAGUCCUCCCUUAGCUCUGUCGGGAUGUCCCAUUACGCCCCCAACAACGGAGGUGGCGGAAGUCCUACCUCAGGACCCACCACAAUGUCACUGCCCCCGCCCCCUCUGUACAGUAGCCCCCCUGUUUACAACAUGAUCCAAUCACCCUCCCAAACGGGACAGUCCCAACAGCAGGGCCAACCACAACAAUCCCAGCAGCAACAAUCACAGUCCCAGAAUCAGCAACCUCCCCCUCCGUCCCAAUCCCAGCAGCAGCAACAAUCGCAGCAACAACUAAACAAUUCGUCCCUUAACCAGCAGCAACCGCAACAACAACACAAUUACAUGCCUUAUAGUUAUAACUUGCAUAAUCUAGACUCCUCACCGUACUUAUUUUCUCCCCCAGGGAACGGAGGCAAUGUUGCCAGCUCGAUGGAACUCGUUGUCUCGAACGCCGGCUCGAGCAACUACGCGCUACAGCAACACCAACAACAGCAGCAGCAACAGUCGCAACAACAGUCGCAACAACAGGGCCAGCUGCAGCAAACGAUGCAGCUCAAUUCGGGCAUCACCGAUCUCCCGGAUACCAAGGAAGUGAUAGCGAUCGAAGAGCUUUGUCCAGUGUGCGGGGACAAAGUUUCCGGUUACCACUACGGACUCCUUACGUGCGAGUCCUGUAAAGGCUUCUUUAAACGAACCGUGCAAAAUAAAAAGGUCUACACCUGUGUCGCCGAAAGGAGCUGUCAUAUAGACAAAACCCAACGGAAACGAUGUCCUUAUUGUCGCUUUCAAAAAUGCCUCGAAGUUGGAAUGAAAUUAGAAGCGGUGCGAGCGGACAGGAUGCGAGGGGGACGGAACAAAUUCGGGCCAAUGUACAAACGGGAUCGGGCGCGGAAGCUGCAGAUGAUGCGGCAGCGGCAGAUCGCGAUGCAGACGCUGAUGGGGUCGCAGUACGCGAUGCUCGGCGACGGGGCGGUGACGCUGAGCUACCAGCCGGGCUCCUCGUCGCCGUUCGCCAACCUGCACAUCAAGCAGGAGAUCCAGAUCCCCCAGGUGUCGUCGCUCACCUCCUCGCCGGACUCCUCGCCGAGCCCGAUCGCGGUGGCCCUCGGGCAGGCCGGCCUCGGCUCGAUCGCCGUCUCGGCCUCCGGCAACAGCCAGCAGCCGGCCCUCCAAAUAGUCACGUCCAACAACGGAUCUUCCCAGUCCUCGCAGGGCUCCAGCUCGGCCUCGGCCCCCGGCUCCGGCUCGAGCCUCGUCAACGAACACAAGCUCUGGGCCUCGGCCAACUCCACCACGCCCUCGCCCUCCUCCAAAUCACUCACCUUCGACGCCAGCUCCUCCACCAGUAACCUAAAUAGUAAAGUCUCCCCCGUCAUCCGGGAGUUCAUCCAAGGCAUCGACGACCGGGAGUGGCAGAACUCUUUAUUCUCCUUGUUACAAAACCAAUCGUAUAAUCAGUGUGAAGUAGAUAUGUUCGAAUUAAUGUGCAAAGUAUUGGAUCAGAACCUAUUUUCUCAAGUCGACUGGGCGAGGAACUCCGUCUUCUUCAAGGACCUCAAGGUGGAUGACCAAAUGAAACUACUCCAACAUUCUUGGUCGGACAUGUUAGUUUUGGAUCACAUACAUCAACGAAUGCACAACAAUUUACCAGAUGAAACGACCUUGCACAACGGUCAAAAGUUCGACCUCCUGUCACUAGGUCUCCUCGGAGUCCGCUCAUUAGCUGAUCAUUUUACCCAAGUCAUGCACAAAUUGCAAGACCUCAAGUUUGAUCUUUCUGAUUAUAUUUGUGUCAAGUUCCUUUUACUACUCAAUCACGAAGUGCGUGGUUUGAUGAAUCGGAAGCAUGUUCUAGAAGGACAGGAGCAGGUUCAAAACGCAUUAUCCGAUUAUUGCGCCACAGUCUAUCCCAAUAUUCAGAAUAAAUUUGAAAAACUUAUGGCAUUAUUACCGGAGAUCCAUGAACUAGCUAAUCAUGGCGAAGAGCAUCUGUAUCAUAAACAUUGUACAGGUGGAGCACCAACUCAGACUCUUCUCAUGGAAAUGCUUCAUGCAAAGAGGAAAUAAGCUUCCUUUUUAUCUAGAAGCCUUUGACCGAGGCAAGAAAAUUUGCCAUGAUCUCGCUCAUGAAACAGCAGGUCAGUUGUCGUGCUGAUCGCCAAGGUUACCAGUUUCAAGAAUUACCAUACUUGGGUAACCAGUUACCAUGUGCAAGGAAUCAAAAUGUUGCCUCUUCAUGAAUCACGCUUGGCCUAGAUCUGAAUUUUGGCUCAAAUUCACUCAAUGUUUUCAGUGCAAUAUGUUUUAUUUAUUUAGAUACAUAAAGAAUGUAUUUUUUUUAUUUUGUGUUCUCAUCCAACACAGCUUAAAAAUAAUUUGACAAAUACUUAUUUUAAACUGAAAGGAGAAAUGUGUGUGAAACAGAUAAUCCUUGGAAAAGUUAGAAGCUGUAAAAUUGAAGAAAAAUCUAUUUUUAUACAGUUCAAACUCUCUGAAGCUUGGUGCUUGUUUUUUGUUUCAUCCUCAUCAAUGUAAUUAUUUUUAUUUAUUUGCUUGAAUAAAGGAAAUUUCAUGUUUUUUAACCAAGGUACUUUCAAUGUUGAGGACUCUCUAAUAUCUUUUACCAGAGUUGAAUGUACAUAUUUUCUUAUCACUUGUUCUUGAAAAGCAGCUCCUGUAAAUUUUGUCUAUAAAAUGUUAUCCUUGUCACUUGUUACAAUGUUAAAUUAUUUUCUCAUAUUUCCUCACUCUGCUCAGUUUGGAGAAAUGUUUCUCUCAAUAACAAAAUAAUUUAUUCGGUGUUAUGAUGAGCUAGUCUCAUCAUUCAGCUAUUUUUGAUCAAAUUAUUUUUUAUUUUGAAACAUUUUGAUUUUUCCACAUCUGUCGGAUUCUGUUGCGUCACUCACACCUAUUUGAACUCUAGGGCGUUUUGCUUUUCCAGCUUUGAAAGCCCCAAAUCUAUAAUAACCUUUUAAUGCGCACUAAAUUUUGGUCAACAUGGUAUUCUCAAGAUGAACAUUGAGUUUUGUUUGUUGGAUUCCUGCUUUAGUGUUGGUUUCAUUUAAUUUUAUGGAUUAAUGUUGCUAAAUAUGUUGUUUUUGGAAGCUCAUGGUGUUCCGCUGUGGUUUUUAUCAUCAUGAUAAAAAGAAAGAAAAUUCAAAUAUUGGAUGGAUAGAGUAAUCUCAGAUAUAGGGUAUAUGUUAACACUUGGUCUGGCUAUAAUUCUAUCCCAAAACUAACAAUGCAUGUAUCCCGCUCUUUGAAUUGUCAGUUACUCUUUUCGUAAUUUUUUUUCCUCUCACAACAGCUGUAUCAUUCAGAUCAAGCUGAUGAUAAUAAAUGCUGAAAAAUGGAUCAGCCCAAUGAAAUUUAAAAAAAGAAAGGUAGCAGCUUCCACUCUUGUUACUUUAUCGCUCCCCUUGUUUUUAAUCUAUUGCACCCCAAUUUUGGUUUAACAAACUUGGAUGAGUUUUUUUGUGAAGCAAACAUGGAAUGUGGGACAGUUUGAGUUUGCAAUGUUUUUAAUAUUGAAAAUAUUUUGAACAUUUCUAUCGCCUUUCUUGAUAGUGUUUUUUAAAAGCCUAUCAUCCCUGUUUUUUUUUAUUAUCUUGCUUUGGAUCGUUUUAUGUAAUAAGAUGAUUUUCGUACCUCUAGGUUUAGGCAAUUAUUUCAUUUAAAUUUGGCAUUCGGAAAAUUUUAUAAUUUUUAUGUAAAAAUAAAAACUAACGGAAAACUUUCAAAGGCAAUAAAGUAAGGAAAUUAGUCGGCACUGGUUUUCAAAAUAGAGGUAUGGCCAUCCUUGUCUUGAUAUUAAAAACCCUCCCUCUCUCUAUGCCAUGGACUCUUAUCAAGGCUUUCAUUACUUCGAAUUGUUCUCCCUUUAAAAUUUCAGCACCAGAACUAGAUAUUAAUUUGCCAACACUAUGAAUGCAUCUUGAAGUUCCCUUUUCCAUCCUAAUUUUCUUGGCAAAAGUGCUUAUAAAUUUCUGGAGUGAAGCUUACUUUUCUUGUAAAUCCUCGCAGAACACCACUUUUAUUAAUCAUUAAAUUUUUUUGGAUGAAAUUUUCAUUGGAAAAAUUUGGAACUCUUUUGUGCUGUCUGUCUCGUAGCUAAUGUGAUAAAUUGUUUUUUUUUCUCUUUUUUUUGGAACCAGAGCUUUUUGUGUAAGAUAGUAAAACUAAUUAAUAAAUAAAUAAGAAGUUGGCCUCUUACAAAAUUUGAUGGUGGCGAAAUUUAUCUCGUGCAAUAUGCAGGGUUUAAGAUCAUGAUGUCUGCAUAUUUUUCUCUUCUUUUUUUUCCGAAAAUCAGAUGUUUAUAGAUUUUGCUUCUUUGUAAAUUGAACUCAGGGAUACCUUUCUUUUGCUUUGUAAUUUUCAUUUAUCCCUUGUUUCCUUCGCUGUUUUAUAUAAGAUGUUGAUGUACAAAAGAAGUGAUAAUUGGUUUUAUGGCUCUGUGAUUUCUCUUUGCUCUGAACAGGCAAUACCUGUAUUCAAUGAUCCUCCUCUUUCUGUAAAUCAUCUUACAUCUUCACAAAAAAUAUAUUUUGUCUCUUGUCAACUCUCUUUAAUACUUUUUCUCUCUUCCGAUUUCUUUCAGUGAUCGAUCAAUUAAUCAAUCUGAUCAAAAGAAAUUCCAACAAAAGCUUGCAAUAAAUAAUAAUUCCCUAUUACUAAAAUAUUGGCAGGAAAGAUAAAAUUAUGAAAUCCUUUUUUCUUUCUCCGUCUUGACAGAUCUUUCACUACCGUUAUUUCUGGUGCUCCUUUUCUUAUGAAAUUCCACAGGUUCUUUGAAAACUCAUUGCAUCCUUAAUGCGUCAAUGUAGAAUUCCUUCAAAAGAAGAGCCUCAAUUUAGUACUAUAAUUCUUCUUCCUUUGAUUAGGGCAUAAGCCUUGUUUGUCCAACCAGUAUUGUGUUAGACACGUAUAUAAGGAAUAAAAUGGGUAAACGUUGAUAAAAUUGAUUAAAAUUGGGGUUUAUCCAAUUGGACAGUAAUCACUGAUUAAUUAGUGGAAUUCCUUCCGAUAAACUUUCAAAUUUCUUUUCUUCACCACUUAUAAGGAGCCAAAAAAAUCUCAAUGCAAAAUUUAAGAAUUACGAAAAGAGGGGGAAAAAAGAAGGUAAAUAUGAAAGCAGAGAAGUACUAAAAUUUGUGGAUUGUUUUUUCAGAUCCCCAACUGUUCAAUGAUUUUAAAAUUUCCUUUAUUCAAUGCUCGUUAUAUUGUACAUCUUCAUGUUAGUUGUAGCAAAGAAUGUAUAUAAUGUUGUACUUUAUGUACCAAACAAGUUAUUAAUUUAUUAUUUGUAAAAAUUAUGUGGUAGUUGAGCAGUAUUUUGUAUUAUUAAUUUUAUCUCCAUUUUUCUUUUUUCAAUCAAUUUCAGUUAAUUAAAUUAUUUUAAUUGCUUGUCAAUUUUCAAAUCAUUAUUUUUUAAAAGUAAGAUUAAUUGUUAAUGUUAGGGUAUCGCAAAUUUGUAAAAACUAGAAAAGAGGGUAUUUUAUCACUCUUAUUCUGAAGAGGAAAACAUGUUGGGGAAAAGUAAUGCAUUCUGGAAAAUGUUCUUUUCAUUCUUGGUCUGAGUUAUUAGAAUGAAAUGAUCUGUGCCUUUUCUUCUCUCAAAAGUUAUUGUGCAGAAUAAAACAAAAGUUGAAACUUACAGAGUUGAACAGAGAUUACCGUAGUUUGAGUUAAAGUGGGACGGAGAACUCGUGCCAGUUGAGUUUGCAGUUACAUAUUAACUUUCCAUUUGUAAAUGCCUAUGCUGCUGCCUUCCAACAGCAACCCAGGAUAUCACUGCUACUGCCGUGUGCAGAUACGUGUAAUGUCUAAUGCAUGUUACAGAUGAAAGCAUUCAGCUGCUAACUCAUCUGGCCUGAGUUUUAGUAGAAAUGAAUUUACUCAGCUCUGUUGAAUUUGGUCACUAAACAUGUUUCACCAGCCUGCCUAAUUUUUCUCCAAGGCUUUUCAGUUUUAACCUUUUCCUCAUUCUUUUUUCUGAAGAAACAAAAGUUCUUAGGAAGUACGCUUAUGCUGUCUCGACAAUUCUAUUCAUCUGAGUGAUGCGUGUUUUAAAGUUUCAUUUGGAUACCCGAUCAUCGCCACAUGUUUGUCCUAAGUUAUUUAUUUACUUGCGCGUAAAUUUUAGUUGUUUUAUUUUUUUAAAAUUCCCUCUGGUUUGAAAAAUACUUGUUUUAAGGGGGCUUUACAAAUUGAAUUCUGUAGGAUGAAAAGCAUUGAAAUUUUAGAUUUCAUGUCAUGUUUGUACAAACAUUUCUUGGCAGGUCUUAAACUUUUAAGAAGGCUGUGUUGUAGUGAUGUUAAGUAUGUAAAUGAAUUUAUCUUUCUCUGUGACCUCUCUAGUAUCAAGCUAAUUUUCUAUGAAUAUUUCUCCUCAAUCAUCAGCUUUACAACUUCUUUUUCAUCACCGUCAUCAAAUCUUAGAAAGCCUCGUCUCAGAUUCUAGAAGUUCCACUGUGGAUCUAAAAAUUUAUUUUGCUGAAUUAUUAUUAUCAGGAGGAAGUAGUUUUUUACUACAACCUUUGAAUACUUAUCAUCAGUCCAGAAACUUAGCAGUAGUGGGCCUCAUUGAGUUUUUAGCUAUCAAACAACUUGAAGAUCUUAAUCGUGAUGCUCAUGUCCUUGGACCAAAGUUUCAGUGCUUUGCAAAGCUGAAUAAACUGAUUCUACUCCCUCUCAUUUUUCAUGGAAGUACUGAAAUGAACUUCGAAGUACCCUCAGAAAUUAUGUCCAUGCCCACAUCUUUGCUAAACUUCACAGCCCUCAGAAGGAACUUUUUUUGCUAAUGUUCCAACUCGGGGUGCUCCACAAAUUGCUGAAUUUAUCAUGACUAGAACAUUCUCAUUCUAAACAUAUGUGUCAGUUUGUUUUUGCAUGUUUGUGAGCAUUAAAUAAAAAUCUUCGCCAAAUGUCGAAUCACAUUUGAGACCUGCUAAAGCAUCACAUUAAGAUUUUUACACAUGUUAUUGAACAUUUUAAAUCAAAAUUUUUCAGCAGGAGCAUUGUUUUUAGUUAUUUAGUUGAGGGUUUUGCUGUAAUUCUCAUCACAUUUAAAGUUAUUUGUAUUUGAAGUCCAAGUAUUAGUCUAAUACCAAAUAAAUUUUUUGGGGCAGGGAGCACUAUCGAUUGAGCUCAAAGAAUUCAAGUCUACUAUUGUUUCGGAUUGUUUCAAUGUUGCACACUUCGUAUUGUGAUGUAAUGAUGUCAGAAGAACUUGUAUUGUUGAUUUCUGUUUGGCGAGGUACAUACAAGUUGUUUUGAAGGUUUUAGUUUACUUUUUCUAAGAAAAGAAAAAGACAAGAGAAAAAUGAAUUAUUCCUCCUGAAAUACCUAAACAAUUUUCACACCAUAUUAUUUCUCAUUUCCAGCUCUUUCUGUUUGUUCUCUCCCUGUAAACAACUAUUUUUCAAUAUUCUUCAGUCAUUAUUCUAGGAUGAUACCAUGUGUUUCGUUUUCUCUCCUAAGUUUACUCUUUUAAUUUGUAUUACAUUCCAGAAGCUUUUUAAAUUUUAAAUGUCUUCUUAAUUUUCUGUUUUCUGCUCUUCAAAUGCUUAGGAGAAUUUUAUCAGCUUUGCCUUUCGUAAUGAGUAAUCAGUUAAUCUAUCUCAUCAAAUUCUGUGUAGAAAGCACAUUUUAAAACAAAAAUUAACAGCCUUACAAUCAUAAGAAUGAAGUUUGGCUACAGGCGCAGCAGUAAUAACCAAAAAUACCUAUUUAUCCUCUAACAUUCGAUUCGGCAUCUUUAACGCUUCAAUUUGAAGCUGUAGUAAUUCUGUUUCCUCUGACAGAGGUGCUCUCAGAUGUAUCUCGAGUUUACAUCAGGUUUUACACUCAAAUGACUUGUAUCCUUUUCUCAUCACAUGUAAAGACCAAGUCCUAAAAAGUUGGCUAUUUUUAUGGAAAUUUAUUUUUUAAGAUGUAUUGUCAAAGAUGGUGAUCAUCUAAAACUCAGUUUCUCCUUGUCCUCAUUUCAUUGAGAAGUUUGUGAGAGAUGAAAUAUAUUCUAAUGCCCACCAUAAUUUUCUUCCUCUUCUUCAUUUAAUUAAAAAUUUUAAAAAGCAACAUCGCAUUAAUGUUAAUGUUCUUGUCUCAUUAACCAUUUUAACUGUAGACAUACUUGCUCGUGAUUUUAGGAAGUUCUGUUUGUAUCUCGUAAAGCAAAGGACAGAGAAAUUUAAAUCAAGCUCUAAAAUUAUCACACAUUCCAGUUUUCUGUUUCAUUUUGAUUUCAUUUAUUUUCUUAUUCUAAUUUUUUUUCUUUUUUUUUUUCAAUGAGCCAAGUUUAUUUUGUUUUUGUAAGAACUUCAUUAUUUUUAAGAUUGAUCGGUGAUAUCUUGUUAAAUUAAGUUUGAAGAAUUCGUAAACCAGGAAAAAAUUCAUGAUAAUUACGAUUUCUCUGAAUGGUUUAAAAUGGAGGUAAUACAUAUUUUUGUGCUUGAAAGUUUUAUUUUUGAAUAUUUUUAAUGAAAAGACUAAUUCGUCAGGAGGGAUUAGUUAGUUUACCUUCAUUCAUUCAGUGUUGUUAAAUGUUCACAAUUUGCAUUGUAUUCUUUUUUUAUUGUCACCAUAUUAAACAUUUAUGGGCCGGUUAGAGAGUGACCAAAUGAAGCACUCCCUCUUGUGCUAAAUAUGCGAAUUUUCAGAAGUAUUAUUUAAGUUUUGCUCUAAAAUUGUGUUCUACUCCAGUGUGAAGGUCAAAGUUUUUUGUUAUCUACUUACUGGCUAUUUUCUCAUUCGCUUAUCUAAUACAUCAGAAAACCUUUUUCUAAAGUUUGUCAGGGACUUACGACUUUUUUUCUCUGCACAAAGUAUUAAGGAAUAUAAAAUUUUGGGAAAAUUUAAUGUGAGGUUCAAAACUGAAGUAUCAGACUGAGAAUUCUUAACCUGAUGAGAUAUCAGAUCUACUUUAAGAAACACCAGAGUUGGUAAACACGAGAGGAGGCUAUUUUAAAUCUCUUUUUUUCUAUUUCUCUUUUUUUAAAGGAGGGGACCCAUUUGUAUUCUCCCUGAACAACAGUUAGUCCCAAUGUAAUCACUCACUUUCUAAGCCUUAAAUGUCAUAAAAUCUGAACAACUUCACUUAUGCUCCAAUGGGCAGUAUUUUGAGGAUCUUAUUCUCUUUUGAUGAUAUUAGUUCAAGUUACAAGGAUUCCCUUCAUUUGGUCAGGAUCUACGUUGAGGUCGUACUAUUGUGUUCACUGCCUUCCCUAAUGGUGGCAAUAACCAGAGAAAUAAUUUAUUUUUUUUCCCAUUAAAUGAAAGAAGGGUUGAUGAAUAUAGGUAUAUAUUUUUUUUCUUGUGCAUUUCAUGCAACAAAACAUAUUUUUUUACCAGAAUUAUUGAAAGCAAAAUGUAAUUUAUUUUUAUCGUCGAAUAUCACCUCUCCUAACUUUUCUUUAACAAGAGAUGGAUACAGCAAUUUUUAAUUCUUUUUACUGCGUUGUAUUUUGUUGAUAAUUGUACAUAACACUGCAUAAAAUACAUAAAUGAACCUAUUUGUGUAAUUAAUUGAAAGUGAAAUGUCUAUUUUUCAGUUUUAUUUAUUUAUUUAUUAAUUUAUUUAUUUUUAUGAGUAGAAUCAUAAUCAUUGUUAUAAAUAAUUGGAUGACAUGUGAUGACUGUUACAAAAUCUUUUCUCAAGUUGUUGGGUCCACUUGGUUACCUUUAUUAUCUCGUUUAAAUGUAAAUACAUUUUAUUUUUUCCUUAACUAUGGUAGAAAAUCUUAACACAAGCUGAUCAUACCUUUUUGAUCUUCUUCAAAUGAUUUGACUCAUAUCUUGACUCUGCUUUUCAAAUUUUCUCAAAAAAAUCUUUGCACAGUAGUUGGUAUCGUUUUUCCCCCUUUUUUAAAAUUAUUUUUCUUUUAUUUUGUCUUCUCCCAAUCAUAGAUUGUUUUACGUUUUUGAUUUGUUAUCUGCAUCAGUAAUUUUUGCAGCACAUUAGCACCUUCCUCCUCACUUUUGAAAGUAACAUUGAUAUAAAAGAUUAUUCUCUGUGAUCGGAGUUUAUCCCUCAUGUUCUAGAAGAAAUUGUAUAAACCUAUGCCCUUUCAAUCAACAUCACAUUUGUUGUUUAAUUAUAGGAUGGAUAGGGGAAACAGGUAUCAAAAUUAAUUUUUCAUUGGAAACUAAAUACUGCUAUCGAGCAUUAUUCAAUACCGUAAAAUUUCACUUGCCGUAUAUUCUAAGAAGCCUUCAAAGAAUCAAGCACUCUGCUCACAUUUGUUCUGCUAAUUUUUAUCAGAAUAACAGAAUUUUCUCAUUUGAAUAGAGCAUCCUCUUAUCAAUUGCAGAAAGGUUUUAUUAUCAUUUUAUAGAAGAUAUAUUGAGUCAUUUUCCCAGAGAUUAAAAAUCAAGAUGCAAUUUUUCCAUCGCCUGUUCUUUGCUCUGAAUUGGAAGGAUAACAUAUUGAAAGGAAUUCCGAGCUUUAUACAUGCAUAAGAGAAGUAUGACUGACGGCAUUCAAAAUGUCUGCUAUCAAGUAAAAACAUGUUGGUCUUCAGGCGGCUCUGCAGUACUUAGCAAUUUUUUCCAAUUUUUUUCUUUUUUAUCUUUUUUAUCUUAUAACAAAUUUCACGCCAAAAAUGAUUAUUUUUCUUUUUUGUAUCAAGAUGAUCUGAUAAGAUAUUUUGUGGCUCCUACUCCAAGGAGUUGCCAAAAAAAAAAAAAAAAAAAAAAAAAAAAAAAAAAAAAAAAAGAAUCAAUCUCCUUUUGGAAAAAUAAAAUGAAGUUGGAAAGUAGAGCAAUCAAAGAGGGAAAACUAUUUGACUAUGCUGGUGCGUCUGUGACCUUAAAUUGAAAACAGCUCAUUACAUCACUGAGAUUAUACAAUAAAUCUAUAUCAAAUCGAUGUUUACUUUUCUUCUUCCCUUUUUUUUCAUUUUAUCGUUUGAAACUUCUUGGCUUUGAAGUUAUUUUCCCCCCUUGUGUUUCUCUCCAGCAUGUAUUUUUAUUUCAUUGCACCAAAGUUGUGAGACUUCCCAGUUCAUAAUCCAAUCUGUUUCAAUUUUCCUUGCCUACAAAUCCACAGCAAGGUAAUUCAGAUUUUUCUUUUUUAAAGCUUGCUCAUAAAAUGUUCGAAAUAUUCGACAACGUUCACAUUCUUUUAAGCAAUUUACAAAUUGUCUUUUAAGUGAAGGAUCUCUUUUGAGAAAUUGGAUUUAAAGAAAGUAGUCAAAUUGUUUAUGUUAAGAUUGAAGUAACCUUAUAUUUUGAAACAAAAAAUCACAAACACUAAUUUUAUUUUAAAUGUAUUCAGUCCUCUCAUUUAAUUUGAAAUGUGUGAUUUACCUAAGCAGUCAAAAGGAUAAAUAUGAGGGACUUUCUUAUUACAGCGACAGCAAGAUAAAUUUUUUCCUUUCAGCUAGAUCAAAAAGAAAAAAAAUUGUUUGGCCAAUACCAUAACAAAACUUCCAUCAUUUGCUAUGUAAUCGCGGCUGUAAAAUGAAAUGCCAAGUAAAAACAGCAAGUAAAGCUAUAACAAGAGUAAUUAAAAAUUCAGUGAAUAUUGAGUCAAACCAGCUAGUAAAGUAUUCUCUCAUUUUCCUCCUUCCUUCUUUCUAUGUACAUCAUUUUGAAGUAAUUAUGUAAUAUCAUUUUUUAUGAUUUAAUCUUUUCUAACUUUAUUUGUUAUUAUUUUAUUAAAUUACAUGUAUAAGGAAUUCGUUACCUCACUUAGAACUUGUGUUUUACCAAGACAAGUUAUCAGUACCAUGUUAAAUUUGUAAUGUGUAAAUAAGUAAGUAAAUAUAUUUAUAUAUAUAAAUGAACAUAUAUAUAUAUAAGUAUAUUAAAUAUAAAAUAAAUAAAAUUUAAGUAUUCGUUGUA